CGUAAUUCGUCCAUACGUGUACAAGUGAGGAGAGAGAGGCCAGGGUAAAGACACUCUACAUCGCAUCCACUUGCGCUGCGCCUGUUGUCUCCAAACCUCCAAACUUCCAACCACAUACGCCGCAGCCUACACUUCUCACCUGGUUGUCCGUACAUGGUCUCUUGUCACUCCUGAUCUGCCAUCAUUGCACACUCUGCCGCUCGUCCUGCCAUGCUUGCGCCCUCGCUGCCCCCUCUCGAAUGAUACCUAGUUUGACCUCUGCGCCAACAUGGCGUCAACGCUGGUGGGCGCGACGUUGAAUCUUCUCCGUCGCCAGGUUGAAGACGUCGAUCCAGACGACCCUCCCGAAGCUGGCCAGAAAGAGAUCUUUUCGUCAUGGGCACUCUUCAUUCUGAUCAUGUUGCUUAUUGCGGCGCUGUUUACGAGCUAUAUUUUGCAGCAGAAGAGAAUACAGGCCGUCCAUGAAACCGUCAUAUCUAUAUUUGCUGGCAUGGUCGUGGGACUGGUCAUACGCAUCACACCCGGCACCGCGAUCCAAGACACCGUCAGUUUCGAUUACCAGUUCUUCUUCAACCUCCUUCUUCCCCCCAUUAUUCUGGCAUCGGGCUACGAAUUACAUCAGGCAAACUUCUUCCGCAAUAUCGGCACGAUCUUGACCUUUGCAUUCGCCGGCACCUUCAUUUCCGCUGUCUCUUUGGGCCUGAUACUCUGGCUGUGGACACGAAUCCCCUUCGAUGGCUUAACCAUUACCUGGGUUGAAGCCAUCUCCGUUGGCGCAACCCUCUCCGCCACCGACCCCGUCACUAUACUGGCUAUCUUCAACCUAUACAAGGUCGAACCCAAACUUUAUACGGUCAUCUUUGGCGAAUCCAUCCUCAAUGAUGCCAUUGCCAUCGUCCUGUUCGAGACUGCCCAGCGAUACAGGGAGGGAGCUGCUGGGAAUUUGAACAUCAUCAGCCUGUUCGAGGCCAUUGGCAUCUUCUUACUCGUCUUCUUCACGAGCUUGGUGAUUGGGGUGGUUGUGGGCAUCGGGACUGCGCUCGCUCUGAAGUAUACGCUUGUGCGCAGGUUUCCAAAGAUAGAGAGCUGUCUCAUCGUUCUGAUCGCAUAUGCAAGCUACUUUUUCUCCAAUGGCGUUCACAUGUCUGGCAUUGUGUCGCUCUUAUUCUGCGGCAUCACCCUCAAACAUUACGCAUACUACAACAUGUCCCGAAGGACGCAACUUACCACGAAAUUCGUCUUUCAGAUCACUGCCCAGCUGUCGGAGAACUUCAUAUUCAUCUACCUUGGACUUACGCUAUUUACGGAGACCGAUUUGGUUUUCAAACCGCUGUUUAUCCUCGUUACCGUAGUCGGCAUCUGUGGCGCACGGUGGCUGGCCGUGUUCCCACUUUCCAAGGCGAUCAAUUAUAUCAUCCGACUUCGAGCCAAACGUCGUGGUCGCGACGUGGCAGAAGAACUUCCGUGGCACUAUCAGGUCAUGUUGUUCUGGGCCGGCCUACGGGGUGCCGUCGGUGUGGCCUUGGCCGCUGGGUUACAAGGCAACGAAGGUCCCGCACUCCGUGCAACUGUGCUUGUCGUGGUGGUGUUGACCGUCAUCAUUUUCGGCGGGACAACGGCCCGUAUGCUAGAGAUUCUGGGCAUCCGCACGGGCGUGGUCGAGGAGAUCGACUCGGACGAUGAAUUCGAUAUUGAGACCGCCAACGGUGGUACAUACUACAAGCGAUCUGGCACUGGCUUCGGCCACAAUCCCCGGCCCUCGGCUAUUGGCCUUGACUACGUGGGCAACAGUCGCGAAGGAAAAGCAAAUGGCUCAGCCUCACAUGCUCGCAACGACAGAGGCUACAGCAGUAGCAACGGCCGAUCUCCCCCACUUCACGCCGGAGGCCAGCGCAAAAACUCGGCGAUCUCUCAGCGUGACCGCGAAAUUGCCGCUCAGCAAGGAAAAUUGCUGUCUGGCAAUGGUAGCACCAGCGGCUCCACGUCCGAUGACGACGAAGAUGCCGCAGAGCUCGACCUCCCUCCCGCCGCACCGCGCAGAAAACAGUCUCCUUUGUCGCUGCCACCUGGAGCUCACGACACUCGCAUUCGCUCUGCUCCUGAUAUUAUCCUCAACAACGGAGAUGGUGAUCCCUUAGGGGCAGACCAGGGAGAUAUGGGCACAGCAGCUACCCAGCCAGAAAGAGCUUCGACGCCGCUGGCGGGAGCAAGCAGUUCGAUAAGGAAUCUAUUACGGGGAGCAACGGCGGACCACACUGCUUGGUUCCGCCAGUUGGAUGAGGAUUUUAUCAAGCCGCAUCUGUUAUUGGACCAGCAUCAGGGGCAAGGUAAGGGGCCACCUCCUUCAUGAGCACAGAGCCUUUUCUUGUUUCUGGAGGAUGCUUCAUUCGAAGAGGAGGUUGCCGGAGGCUGGGGGUUUAUUCCUUGCAUUGGGCGUCAGGUGUCGUUUAAAAGUGAUUUUGAGAUGACAUGAUCUUCGAUUGAAGGGAUUUCGAGGAGGAUGGCGGGGCACAUAUCACAACGGCCAUAGGGAAAUAGAAUGGCUGGGAUGGAAGCUUUACAGGGCAGAUAAACUUGACUGGCGUAUAUUUUCACCUUGUUCCAUACAGAUCCUUGUGUAUGGCACGUUCGCAUACCACUAUGAACCGCGGACGACUGAUUGCGCUCGGUCACGAUCAGCCAGGUACUUCUCACGGAUGCGAGUGCAUCAUCAUCUCUAGAAAUUAUCGAUUCUGGCAAG